UUUUCCAAACCAAACAGAGUGUUAAAAACAGCAUAAAGCCCACAAAAGUGACGCGAAAAAGCACCAAAUCCGUAAUAGAAGGAAACGCGAAGACCGGAGAUAGAAAAAAUAAACAACCGGAGAAAAGCAAACAAAGAUGGCAGUGGAAGUGGACGCCAAGGACCUUCAAGCCGCCGGUGCCGAGCUAUUAAACGACGGUCGUCUUGGACUGCGUAUCCAUGGCUGGGAGAUAGUUUCCCAUAAAGGCUCCAUUCUCAACUCCUCCACUUUUCAACAGUGGGAACAAAAGCUUGGCACAUCUCACUUACCAGAGAUGGUUUUUGGGGACAGCUCUUUAGUUCUUAAACAUGUGGAUAGUGGCACCAAAAUCUAUUUCAGUGCAUUUGAUGCCCUUGCUGGGUGGAAGCAGGAAGCUUUGCCUCCAGUUGAAGUUCCUGCAGCCGCAAAAUGGAAAUUCAGAAGCAAACCAUCCGAACAGGUGAUACUAGAUUAUGACUAUACAUUCACAACACCAUAUUGUGGAAGCGAGACAAUUGAGGUUGACUCAAUGAAGAAUGAAAGCGGGGAACACAUGGACACAAGUUCAAGUCUCCACUGGGAGGAUUGCAAGGAGCAAAUUGAUGUGGCUUCCCUAGCGUCAAAAGAGCCUAUUCUUUUCUAUGAUGAGGUUGUCUUGUAUGAAGAUGAGCUGGCUGAUAGUGGAGUUUCACUUUUAACUGUGAAAGUGAGAGUCAUGCCAAGCUGUUGGUUUCUUCUUUUGCGUUUCUGGCUUAGAGUUGAUGGAGUCUUGAUGAGAUUAAGGGACACACGCAUGCAUUGCAUUUUUGGUGACAGUUCUAAGCCUGUCAUUCUUCGAGAAAGCUGCUGGAGAGAAGCCACCUUUCAAUCUAUUUCUGCUAAAGGGUAUCCUUCUGAUUCUGCAGCAUAUAGUGAUCCAAGCAUCAUCAGCCAGAGGCUUCCUGUAAUCCUGCAGAAGACCCAAAAGCUUAAAGUUCAUGGUAAUUCAUAAGUCUGUAGAUUGUCUUCUGUAAAAAGAUUUAUAUGUUCCCAAGUUGUGGUCAUAGCAUUCGUGUUCUUUUAGAUGGAUUAUAUUUGCAUAUGGCUUUUUUUCCAUUUAAUACUCAUGUUAAAUCAGUAAGCCAUUUUGAUGAAUGUAAUUGUGGAGAGAGAAAAAAAAAAUUAAUCUGAAGUCCCCUAUUUUUACCUGUAUCUA